CCGCGGCCACCCCAGCCAUCACCGUGACCCCAGUUGACGUCGCGACGUCCGCCCCCGCCACCGUAGCCACCUCCGCCGUGGCCUCUCCCACCGCCAUAUCCGCCCCCACCGCGGCCGCCCCGGCCGCCCCGGCCGCCAUAAGCCACCUCACCCCAAUGGCCGCCUCCAUUCCAACCAUCCCCUCCCCAGUGGCCCCCGUCGUAGCCACGGCCACCGUAGCCGCCCCAGCCACUGUAGCCACCGCGGCCACCCCAGCCAUCACCGCGGUCCCAGUCGACGUCGCCAUGUCCGCCGGCGAUGCAACUCUUGUCGCUGAAGCAAUCCUUGUCCUCCUCCCUCUCGUUCUCGCCUCCUUGGACGACGGCGGUGUCAGCGCCCGUCGGCAAGCCCGUGGCGGCCUUGAAGGCCAGGGCGGCGAGGACUGCUAGGGUUGGGGGGUACAUGUUUUUCGUUGUAUCGCUGUUCGGGGGUGGGAGUAUAGGGGUUAGGGGGUUUGUUUUUCAGAGUAUGGUGAUCAGGUAGUUAGGAUGAGAGUGUUGGGUCCCGUUGCUUCCAAGGACUUUACGGAGAGCAUGUGGUGGUUGCUGGCUCGCUGCUCGCUGCUCAUGGGAUGAGGGGUUGGCAAUCUGCCUCCUUUUAUAGGCGAGAUGCCCGAUGGGCUGUC